AUGGCAGCUUUGGUUUCUUAUUCAGUCGCAAAGAAGAAUAAUGAUAAGGCACCAGUGAAUUCACCAACGCAGGUUAUCGGUGGACAUGGAAAUAACAGCUACUCCAACAACUCCUCCUACCAGAGAUUAGCAGCAAACUUUGUAACCAACAAAAUUGAAGAUACAAUUAUGAUGAAGCUAGAUGUGGAAUCCUUGUCUUCCGCUUCAAACAUAAUCCGUCUUGCAGAUUUUGGAUGUGGAGUUGGAUCAAAUACGAUAAAUGCUAUGCAAGAUUUACUAGAAAUUGUAAAGAAGAAGUAUAUGUCUCAGCGUCCUACAUCUCAAGUGCCUGAAUUUCAACUGAUUUUCAAUGAUCAAUUCACAAAUGAUUUUAAUUCCCUCUUCACCUGUCUCCCACAAGAAAAAGAGUACUUUGUAGCUGGGGUUCCAGGUUCUUUCCAUGAGCAAGUAUUGCCUAAAUCAUCUCUCCAUUUAGGCCAUUGUUCGUAUUCAUUGCAUUGGCUAUCUAAGCUGCCAACAGAAUUAGAGGACGAGCAUUCUCCUGCUUGGAACAAAGGCAGGAUUCACUACACCAGUGCUCCACAGGAAGUUUUAAAUGCAUAUGCAACUCGAUUUGCUGAAGAUUUAAAUUAUUUCUUGAAUGCUAGAGCUCAAGAGAUUGUAUCAGGAGGAAUGAUGGUCAUUAUCGGCUCAAGUAUUCCAGACGGGAUGCCCUAUUCUCAAGUUGCGAAUGGCUUGAUGUACAAUUGCAUGGGAUCCAUCCUCAUGGACAUGGUGAAAACAGGAUCUAUCAGUGAAGCCGAUGUCGAUGCAUUCAACUUGCCUAUAUAUGCUUGCCCACCGGGAGAAUUCACUGAGGGAGUGGAAAGAAAUGGAAUGUUCACGGUGGAGGUGAUAGAAUUGAUGAACCCUGCACCAUGGCUAAAAGGUCCCAUUGACAUCCCUGUAUUUGUGAAACAUGUCAGAGCUGCAAUGGAAGGAAUGUUCAGCAAACAUUUUUCCAGGGAGGCCAUUGAUGAAUUGUUCAAUCAGCUUGUCCCGAAACUGUCAGAGAUUUCUGGGCAAAUGGAAUCGUGUUACAGAGAUGGACUUCAGCUUUUUGCCAUACUAAAACGCAAAUAGAUUAAGAUUUCAAAUUCUUGAAUGAUUUUAUAAUUUUAUUGCACUGUAAUUGUGUUGAGAAUUGACGAAAGUGUGUAAAGUUGUUGUGUGUUUGGAUUGAUUGCAGGUAGA